AAGAGCCAUUCAGUCACAUGUCAACAAUAUUCGAGCAACAGUCGGUGUGUGGUUGUCUUUCUGUCCUAUUAAAUGAAUUUUUUGCCAAACGAGAAUGUGUAAUACAAGCCUCUCGGAACGUUGAUUAUAUUUAUUUACCGAGUCUAUAUUUGUGGCUAAUUUUGUUUACAAAUUUUGUGUCUUUUUUUUCGUGUGUUUAUAUUGAAACAUUCUAUUAUUUAUGUGGUCAUACGUGCCAGAUUAUCUGUGAUUAUCCAAUAAUUGGUUAGAAAUUAAUUACAGCAAUAAAUUACACUUACAGCUGUGGAUAUUUAAAUAUAUCAAUUGAACGGCGCGAAUAUAAUUGUUUAUUUACGACGAAGCAUCAUGAGGAAUAUAUACAUUUUAUUGAUCUCAUUUGUUCAGUUGAGUGCUGUUGUUGAAAUAAUUGCCACACCGUGCAGCGAUGGAACGAAAACACCAGACGACAUGGAAAAACUGACGACUCGGAGAGGUAAGAGAGUGAAAUCUUUAAGCGCAUCUAAGAACAUUUGGUCAUUGCACGAACUCCAGACAAUUAAUGAAUUGUGGCGAUAUAUCUUAAAUUAUUCUGACAUUCGAUUUCCCGAGGAAGAAAUGUCCCAGACAUCAUUCGUGCCGUCGCCGGGUGCGUCGGAGCCGAAAUGUGCAAAGGGAUCAACAUUUUGUGAAGCGAUUGACAACUAUCCGACAGCUCGAGUUGAUUUGCUGUUGAAGGAACAUGCGCAUAAAUACGAAGAAUUAUUCGGUGCCGAUAUGAUUGAAGGAGGAUCGAAUAUAGCGAAUCGAUAUAAUGGAAUUGAAGAGGAAGAAUCACUGUGCAAAAGUCAGGAGCGAAUUAUUCAUCCGCAAGCUGGACUGACACAAGAUAACACAUGGAUGUAUAUUGUUAACCAGAAGAACUACACGCAAGGCGUUCGGGUUGAGGAAUGCAUCCAUACAAAACAAUGCGAAAUGACACAAAAUUUCCCGCUUGGAUAUAAAGCUGAAUGUAAGCAGAAAUACAUUUAUCGUCAACUGUUAGCAAUAAACGAAAGUGGUCACACCGUCAAAGAUCUAUUCCGACUACCAUCGUGCUGCCAAUGCGUCUUAAUCCGAACGGACAGAAAUAAGCGAUCAAUAAAUUAGUUUAUUGGUAAAAAAAGAAUAAAAAUUUCAAAUGUCAGCGGGUUAUUUAUUUGUCAAAGUGUCUGGCGGAGUAGUGGGCAUAUCAUUGUGAUGGAGAAAUUGAAUAAAUAUCAAAAAGUUGUAACCCUCUACUCUGAACGGAAAAAUUUGUUAGAACUUUUUUAAUGAAAAAUGUGUACUGGAAGCAAAUUAGUUUAGUUAUUGUGACCGAACGGGGGCACUAUAUAUUGAACUACAAAUUAUGUGAUUAUACAAUUAUGGUGAUAAAAUACUAUAAAUAUAAUAUUCGAAUGCUGGCUAAAGAUAAUAUUUGUAUCUCGUACGUAAAUUUUAAUCAAAAUUAAUUUUAGUCAAAACGAACAACAUUUUAUGCGAAUAAAAUUGGUUUUAAUGAU